GAGACUUGUAUGCCAGCCAAUCUUACCCACAACUCUACUUAUUACACUACCCUUACAGCAUUAAACCAUGGCCUAAACCCAAAGUCUAUAAACAGAACGUCAGACGGGAUACUUAUCGACUUGACAACCCCAGUAGCAGGAUGGGCCGUUGACGGUCUAAAUCUUAAUCAAAAUAUCGACUUCUCAGCAGAGACUGCAACCGUAUCUAGUGCAUGGGAUGGGUUUUACGAUCCGGAGAGCGGCAUAGACCACUACGAAGUUAUAGUUAUUGUAAACAAUGAAGAAGUAGAUUUUGCCACACUGAAAAAAGACCAACACUUUGAGGAGCACACAUUUUCUCUUGAGCACGGUGAUACUGUUAAAACAAUAGUUCGCGGAAAAAAUGGUGCUGGUCAAAUGUCAGCAGUUACCACGGAUGGCUAUUUCGUUGAUCUCACACCACCUGUGCUUAACUUUAUCAGCCAGUCUGAAGAAGGGUUAUUGUAUCAGUCCAGUGAUUCAUACAUAUAUGCACGUUGGCAAUACGAUGACCAAGAGUCUGGUAUUCUGGAAUAUCGAGUGACUGUAUUUCAGUCGUAUCAUGGGCAAAAGCAGAGGUUUUGGCCAUAUGACCAGCGUGACAAAAGCUAUACCAUGGAAGAUGGCGAAAAACAAUUCAUAUUCAACAAAUCUUCUUUGAAACUUGACAACGGGGCAAAAUACAGCCUCCAUGUGACCGCCAUUAAUCGGGCCCUGUUGUCAGCCAAUUACGAGACCAAAGGGGUAACAGUAGACACGACUCCACCCGUGAUAAAAGACGUACAUGUAGGCCUGUUUGAAGAGGAAGAAGAACUCGAUGAGCUGAACCGUGUUCUCCAUGUCGAUUCAAAUGGUAUAGAGGUAUCUUGGGUUGGUCAUGAUGGAGAGAGUGGCAUCGUGAAGUAUAUGGUCGGCAUCGGGGUUAAUCCCGGUGAUGUAUCUGUUACAGGAACGUUUAUAGACUUUGGCAGCACAAGACAUGGGUAUGUGAAGGCCCGUCUUAACGCUACAGCAUCAAGUGGUUAUACAUACUAUGUCACUGUCAUUGCUUUCAAUGGCGCUGGAUUGGAAUCCCAUCCAAAAUCAUCUCGCCCAAUUUUUGUUCUAAAAGAUAAUGUCCCUGGUAUAGUGUUCGAUGGAAGGCAAUUCCUUCAAGAUGCUAACUCGCAGAGGGACACUUCAUCCAUAGCUUGUAGUUUUGUAGGCUUUGAGAGUGAGGCAUGUGGCAUCACAGCUUAUGAAUGGGCCAUUGGUUCUGAACCAGGGUUUUCAGAUAUCCGUGACUAUUCCUCCAUUGGCAUAGUAAUGGCAAAUGAAAGUGCUGGUUUUGCUCAAACCAAUCUAGACCUGCCAGAUGGUCAAACUAUUUACACUGCGGUCAGGGCUAGAACUGGGCAUAAGUGUCAUGAAGAUUUUAUAGUGUCAGUUUCAGAUGGCAUUGUCACAGAUGCUUCUGCUCCAGAUAUAAGUUUUCAGCAGAUAGUUGAAGGUAUUCCGCAAGUACCAAGACGAGUGUUAUAUACCGCCUCGUCGGAGAAAAUUGUCCCCAUGUGGAACUUUUCUGACACAGGUAGUGGUGUAGCAGGCGUGACGUGGACAGCUGGUACUUUACCAGGUUUGAGUGACAGGGUCCCGGUGACUUAUGCAAUGACAACAGGAGUCUCAACCGGAGCUAUUACUGUAAAUCAUGGUGAGACCAUCUUUGUCUCAUUAACAGCAACGGACAAUGCGGGUAACCAGCAAAUUGUAACCUCACCUGCAGUAUUAAUAGAUACAACACCCCCUGUUAUCCAGAAUUUCAGGUGCACAGAUAUCCUAUCCCCCUUACAAACCACAAUUUACUGCAACUGGACGCCCAUUGAUGAUACGGAGAGCGACCUCAAGCGUGUACAAAUAGCUGUUGGUUUGGACUAUUUCAAAGAUGACUUGGCACAGUUUUCAGACCUCGGCAUCUACAAGAGUAACUGGAUGUUUGUACUGGAUUCAAGUAAUGUGGUGUACAACUUGACCAGGGUGUUUGUCACCUUGAAGACAGAAAAUGUUGUCAAUCUUACUUCCGUUUCUGUUGCAAAAAUAAUCCUAGAUUCCACUCCACCUCUCACAGGUUAUGUCCACAUAACCACGUCAUCUGCACCAAAGGACACCGUUGCAAGUCAUCCAAAAUGUCAAGUAUCGGAAACAUAUGUUGACGUCUUAUGGGAUCAGUUCCUCGACCCGGAAAGUGGCAUUGAACGCUACGAAGUGGCAGUGGGAAGCUACUUCCAAGGCACAGAUAUCAUUGGGUUUAAAGAUGUUGGAUUGAGAACGUCAACGUUUAUCGACGGUUUAGCUUUACCCUCUGGGGGUACUGUCUAUGCAUCUGUCCGUGGGUUUAACAAGGGGGGUCUUUAUGCCAUUGCUGUUUCUGCUGGCGUUGUUGUUUCCCCUCAUCCUCAUCUGACAGUAAUGGACGGAAACGGAAAUAUCGACAUAGAUUUCCAAACAGAGCUAACUACUGUGUUGGCUCAGUGGGACUACCAAGAUCCCUGUCCAUUGCAGGAGGUCUUAUGGUCUGUCGUUCGUGUUGACGGCGUGGUUAUAAAACCACCAUCUCUUGUACCUUCCUCUGAUCAGUUCCUGAUCAUUGAUGGGGUCGAUCUUGAAAACGACAAAACCUAUUACAGCGUUGUUACUGUUGUUGAUGCCAUAAACCGCACACAGACAGCAAGAUCAGAUGGAUUUACUGUCAACAUUGAGCCCCCAUUUCCAGGCUACGUUGCUGACGGACUAGGAGAAGACAUUAACUACCAGCGGUCAACAACAAAGCUGUCUGCCAAUUGGGGGUCAUUUGGCGAUCUUUCGUCUAAUGACCCAAGCCAGAUUAUUGAGCAUUAUGAGGUAGCAGUAGGCAACGACAGGAGAUAUAGUUUGUCAAGGGCCAACGUGCACGGUUUUGUAAAUGUUGGUAUUGCGACAAACCACACAUUUAACGGACUGAACUUGACAGCAAAAUCCAUUACUUACUAUGUCACUGUACGAGCCUACAGUGAAGCUGGCAGCAUGGCUGAAGCGAGCUCCAAUGGCAUUAAAGUUGGGUUUGAAGCCUUCAUCAAGCCUGGUUUUGUAUUCUCUAAGUCUUCCCAGUCGUCAACGGAAGAAUUACAUGCCUACUGGGAAGGUUUCUCAUCUGAUCUGCCUAUUCUGGACUAUCAAGUGGGUGUGUCAUCAAAUGCCAAUUUUGUUGCUUCUUUAUCUAAUAACACUAUAGUUUGUGAGAAUGUAUACAGUCAGGACGGCGCAACUUUCGAUGUAACAAUGAAGAGUGUUGGAGUCGAUAUGUCAGUUAAGUUGAGUGAUUUGUCAUUACGUCAUGGAACAAUGUACUUCGUAGUAGUAAAAGCAACAGAUGCUGCUGGCAAUUGUGGUAUUGCCACCAGCCCCCCAAUACUAAUAGACACAACGCCUCCAUUGCCAGGUAAAAUUGUAGUGGGCCUCAAAGGAACUGACGCCAUGUAUACCGUUUCUACAGAGACGCUUAUUGCCACUUGGCCAGGGUUUAGAGAUACCGAGACCCAUAUUGCAAUGUAUGAAGUUUCGCUUUUUCAGCGGUCUACGUGUUCAAGUAAACACUUGAAUAAAUCUGAACUUGCCUUGAUGCAGGGUCCUGUAGAAGUAAAAAACGACACCAGUAUUGAGUUUACUCGUGUACAACUUUUGCCACGAGUACCGUACUAUAUCAAACUAACUGCAUAUAACGAGGCUAGAUUGCAAAUUACACAAUGGAGCGACCCGGUGUUCGUAGACGAAACCCCACCAUUUCCGGGGGAUGUGAAACAUGGUAGCGACUGGAAAACAUCCAGCUUAUAUCAGGCAUCAACGACGACAUUACAAGGCAUGAUAGGCAUUGCACACGACGCCGCCACGGCUCUCUGCCCAUCGUCAAAACGUAUCCAUUUUACCAACCUCGUCCCGAAUGGAAUGCAUGCCUUAAAAACAUCGCCCCAAACAUCAGAUUCUCCUCAAACGUAUUAUCAGACGGCCAAUGUUCAAACUAAAUCUGAUCAACUUGUUCUGAUUACGGGUCACGAUGAGUAUAGUUUUCAUCUAGAGUUAGCGGGUGUAAAAAGCGAGCUGUCACCAGAUGUUUUAGGAAAUUUUUCUUUUUUCCUGCAAGCUGCCGAAGGAGAAACCAUCAUUACGAGUGUGACUUUGAGCAAAGGAGACAACGAUGAGAUCUUUGCGUUUGAAGAACCUGUUAUUGUUAAUCCGCCUUCAUCAGAAAUGUUCCAGAACGCAUCUAUUGAAUUCCAUAGUGACAGUUCCCAACCAGAUAUGAACAACGGAACAGAAAAAAAUAUUACAGAGAUACAUCAGAAUACCAAUGCAUCUGUGCUCAGCAAUAUCACGACUAAUGGAUUAAAAUUCACUGAUCAAAACGUAACAGACAAAAAUAACAGCGCAGAGAUACGCACGAAUAACCAUAAAGCUAUAUUUUCCAACAUCACAGUGAACGUAUCAGAACAUGUCGUUAACAACAAAACGGACAAAAAUAACAGUACAGACUUAAGUUCUAAUAACGACACUGUGAAUUAUAACAUCACGUCAAACGGAUUGGACCAUGUCGUUAACAACGAGGCAGACAAGAAGAACAGUACAGAGUUAAGCUUUAAUAACAACACUAUCUAUUAUAACAUUACGUCAGAGGGAUCAGAACAAGCUGUCAACAACGGCACGGAUAAAAAUAACACUAAAGAGAUACAUCCUAAUAACAAGAACGCUAUACAUCUUGAUAUCACGUCAAACAGAUCAGAAAAUACUUCUGGAAACGGAACGGACAUCAUUAACAGUUCAGAGAUACACGAAAAUACCGAAAUAGCUCUGCAACGUAACAUAACAAAUAAUGGAUCAAACGUCAUCAGUCAAGUUUCAUAUGCACCGGGCAUUGGGUUACAUAUAGUAGGGCAUGCCUAUGGUGCAAAAAAGAAGUGGUUCUGUUUGUUCUGGUGCACCAAUGAAGAAGGUCGCAAGUCUGAAUGGGUAGAGCUUCCAUUCGAUCCAACAACAAAGGCCGCCACAUACACAAUUCAGAUUGAAAAAGAAGAGUACCCUACCAGGACCAGUUGGAGUGCUAAAUUACACAUCAACAGUGGACUUAAAGCUGUUCUGUACAACAUCAUUAAACCCAAUGGAUAUCUGAAGAUUCGCACGUGGAGUAUAAAUGACUUUGUUCCGGAAGUACCAGAUGCAUUCCAUCCUUUCAAAACGCAAGCCACUUUGAACUAUUUCGAGAUACCACGUCCGACAAAUAAGCCGUGUCACUUGGGGAGAACGUUUUACGAUUUUGAAAGCAAGUUGAAUGCGUUAUGGGUGGGUGUCGGAAGUUCAGAUAACCUCGUCGCUGACGUCAUCCCACUCCAUCUAUACAAACAUUUCUGUUCACCGUGCCAGUACCAGUGCGACAUGACUUGUAGUACCGAUUGUCCCCAUUCUUCGUUCGAACUAACUGAAAUAAGAUUAAACAAUCUUACUCUUGAUUCAAAGAGAAGGUAUGUUAAAGAUGUGAUGAACACAGAUUCUGAUAAACCCAAUGCCGCCACAUACUUUAUGAUCAUAAAAACAGUAAACCACGCCGGACUGGGUACAACCGUGUCUUCCAAAGGAAUUACCAUAGACACAACUCCACCCAGAUGUACUUUAAUACAAUGCUUAGAUCCAUCAUACUCCAUGGAAGAACCUGUAGAAUACGCGGGUACCAACGAGAGUAUAGGAGCAUACUGGGACUGCGAAGAAGACGUAAGUGAUAUUAUAACGUACGAUGUCGCGGUAGGAACACAUCACGGGCAACAGGAUAUAAUUCCGUUUCAUUCUGUCGGCCUUAAAGAUAAAUUAGUCCUUAGCAACUUUACGCAGCCGCUACAACAGCUUCAUACUUAUUAUAUAUCUGUGCGAGCAAACAAUGCAGCAGGGCAAAGCACCAUAGUUACAUGUCAUGUUACGAUAGAUUCAAAACAGCCGGACGUCGCAGGUAUAAAGGAAACGGUUAAACCACCAGGUGUCACCCAGUUACCAGAUAUGCCGGACGUGUAUCUUACGAUCAAUCAACAUGGGGCUGGAUUGGAAUGGGCAAGAGGAUCAGAUACUUUAGCAUUUUAUGAAUGGCAAAUAGGUUCGGCGGACGGCGAUAGUGAUAUAUUCCCUCUGUCAAAAAUUGGAGUCACCAAUUCAACAAAAAUUGCCAUAUCUGACGGAAAGUUGGUGAUGGAUAAUGUUGAUGCUAGUAUGAGCAUUUCUGCCAUGGCCAAUCACAGUGCGUCUGACAAGAGUACCGAAGACCUCAGACAGGAGAGCUUUUUCUCUAUGGAACCUGGGAGAUGUCUUUACCAAAGUUUAAUUGCCACCAGCAAGGCACACAAGUCGUCUUCUGUGGCCAAUAUUACAUCUUGUAUUAAACGACCAAAAGAUUCCUUAUCCGUGCUCAACCAAGAAAGAGUAAACUUGGUUCUUAGCAAAGAGGUGUCCGUUACCAAAGAGACGUCGGAUAAUGCACUCCAGCUGGGAAGCAACAACCAAGCCGUCGCUGAAGGGGACGUAAAUGUAUACGUUAAAGGGGAAAAUGGCGGUGUCUUAGCGGGUCUGCUGUCAGUGGACGACGUUCAGGUCCACUACGGAAGUGCAGCAUCCUCAACCUUCUCCAGUUACAUUCAAGACCCUGUUAACACCAACAACGAGGUCUCUAGGACGCUAUUUAAAAGGUUUCGUGGGACGACGGACACCUCUUUCUUUGUGUCUCCAGUAGGCCAUGCAGUUCUCACUGACAACCUGGAAGUGGAAGCUUCUUUUAAGCCAGACUCAGUACAACAGGGGCUAGAGCCAGUGUUGAUAUAUUGGAACACAGAAACCCGGAGAUGGCAUCAGGUGAAUGAAGACUGUGAUAUUGAUCAAAGAGUGAGCUACUCCAAAAAUACCAUCAGUGCUCGGGUAUGUUCACUUAACCAACCAGGACGCACUGCACGUCGCAAGAGAUCCACUGGUACUGAGAUUGCACCCACACAGUUUGCCGUGGUUAUUAUGAGCCCAGGCAUUGAGAAUAACCCACCUAAACUAGUUACGACAGAGCUUUACCUUAUGGAAGAUCAGAAAGACUUUCAGAAGCAGCUGGAGUUUUCUGAUUCGGAAAAUGAUCAGGUUUAUUUUGAAGUCGUCAGGCCACCACGACAUGGGUACGCUAAUAUUUCUGCCGAAGGUUUGCUGAUGUAUAUACCCGAAAAAGACUUCAAUGGCCUUGAUACCGUAACUGUUAAAAUGAAGGAAGUGCCACCGAGCGUGAAAAACUUUCGCCCCUACGUUGUAACGUCAGAGGUGAAACUACAUGUUAAUGCCACCAAUGACCCUGCCGUGGUAUCAUUUUUAAAUCUUGGUCACAAUUCUGCAACACAGUUCCUGGUGUCGACCACAUAUAACAUUGCUGUUGAAGGAAAAACUGACCUGAAACAUGUAGGAGAUCUCAUCCUAACUGAUCCUGACAAGAAUGAGCAACUCCAGUUCAUCAUUAAUCAUCCCAUGGCCGAAAACUAUACUCUCGUGAUGCAGGACAUUAACAAAAACGCACCUGAGGAACAGGUCUUCCAAACUUUAGGUACCCUUGGCAGUGUUAAGGUACGCAAAGUUUAUAUUAACUCUUCUCGACAUUUCCAUGGCGAAGUAGCGUUCAAUGUAACUGGGAAGGAUGGAAGGAAACGGUCACCGUACGCUCCAUUGGUAUCAUUCCACAUAUUCGUACUCGCCAAUCCUUGUGAGUAUGGACAAUGCGUAGGUCUUGGUCAGGACGCAAAUUGCACCAGUUUCGACCGUGCUUCUUCAUUUGAUGGUUACGAAUGCGUGUGCGAUGCAGGAUACAGUGGAGAAAGGUGUGAAACAGAGAUGGAAAAGGGCACCAAAUGCCGCUGCCCAACGUUUUAUGACUGUAUAGAUGAGGAAGACCAUUACUACUGUGUUUUAAGCCCCUGGAAACUGCCCGUGACGUGUGUCUUCUUGCUCCUGGCUGCGGUUUUAUUAUUGGCCGGUGGUUACAGGUUGAGUAAGAAAUGGACAUCUAAGGUCAAGGUGAUACCUGUAAGGGAAAACCCAACCGCUGACACGAUAGAACUAAACGAGGUAAUGCGCUGGCAAGAUGAGACGGACAAAUCAAUCAGCCCUGUCGAGACUAACACUGACAUGCCCUCACAGCUGCAGGAGCCUGACAGACACGCUGUUUAUAUCGUACCAGGAGAAGUACAGGAUUUGGAAACUGAAGAAGAACCAGAGGAAGACCAAGACAACACUGAUAACUGUAGUACAGCCCUUGGGCCAUCGGAAGAUGCCCAGACGGAAAACGGCGUGCUGCAGUCCUUUGAACCCACCGCUACACUAUCUGGCGUUGAACCGAAGGACGAAAUCAGAACGUCAGGAAUGGCAAUGUUAACUAGCUUGAUGGCGCCAGUGGGAGCAAUACCACGCCCAGAACUCAAAAUGAUACACGUCAAACCAGCACCGAAGCCAGGUCCCAAGCAGCCGAAAGAGAGGUUUUCGAGGUUUGACCUCCGUCCAAAACGUAAACAGAAAAAUGAAUCAACGGCAUGAACACUGAUGCUGCUAGAAUUUACAUUGUGACAUUGCUUUCGCAGGCAACAUUUAUGGCAUGAAAUCUUUGUAACCGCUUCAACUGGAUACCUUUGUCAGUUUUAGAAAAGAAGGUAUUUGAUGACUGCCUCAUAAGAAUUUAACGUCAGGAUGCUGUUUGC